UGGGCCCUCGAGCAACUGCUCACCUUUGCCAACGUCAGCGCCACGGUGCGCACCAUCGUGAUCCGGCUCAAGGACGGCUCUCUGUGGGUCAACGGGCCGCAGUGGCCGACGGGCGAGUUCUGCAAGCUGCUCGACGAGCUCGGCCCGGUCAGGCAUGUGGUGCUGCCGUGCGUUGCGCUCGAGCACAAGGCGCCGAUCAAGGCGUUUACGAAACGGUACCCGGAGGCCAGCGUGUGGGUUGCGCCGGGCCAGUACGGCCCGUUUGGCACGGUGGGCCUCACCGCGUCCAGCGCCAAGAUGGGCUACCGCGUGGACGGCGUCUUCCCGGUCGGCGCGCCAAAGGCGGGCGACGCGCUGCCGCAUUGGGCAGAUGAGUUUGACAUGCGCACGCUGUACGUCGACCUCCCAGAGAAUGCGGGCCCGGUGGCGGAGACGGCCUUCUUGCACAAGCCGACGAGGACGCUCGUCACGACAGACGCCGUCGUCUUUGUGCCCGCCCAGCCGCCGCCGAUCUUCUCGACGUACUUCGCGCCGUCCGACGCGGCCGACCCCGACUUUUGGGCAAAGUCGGUGAUCCAAGCCGUCUUUUUGCCGCUGCGCGAGGACGGCGCCGCGCCGCGCUCGCAGCCGGCGGCGCGCUGGCCCGGCUAUGGCGCCGUGCAGGGCCGGCUGCUUCGCGCGCCCAUCCUCCGCGCCUUCGCCGACGCGCGCGCGCCGGCGGAGGUGCGCAGCUGGGUCGCCUCGAUCGCCGAGUGGCCUUUCGACCGCGUGCUGACGGCGCACUUUGCGUCGCCGAUCAAGGCGACGCCCGCCGAGUUCGCGGGCGCCUUCAGCUACCUCGACGGCGAGCUACCCGACAUCCGCUGCGAGGACUGGAGGCUGCUCGACGGCCUCAACAAGCUCAUCGAAGACAAUCAGCUCGGAGCGCCC